ACUGUGAAGAAAGGGAACUGUCGGGGCGGGGAAGGCCAUUUCCCACAGCUUCAGCAAAAGAGGCAGAAGACUUAAGUUCUGGAAGCGGAAUAGCUUAACUUUAAGGCUUUAUGCCCAGUCAGGAAUUUGGUCUAACCGAUUAGCGCUCCUUUUCGCCUUUCUGGAAUGCGUCUUUCAGGCCCAUGAGAAGGGAGGGUAUUUUUUCCCCUUUUUGGGUUGGCUCAUUACAACUUUUUCGCCUUUCCAGUCUCCAGAAAAUUGCCAAAGGACGAGGCGAGUGGUAUCUCAACACUCUCGUCUGAACAGGCCAACACACCUGCAAAUGCAAAAAGAUGCAUUAACUCGCGGUCCAGAUUUUCCGGAUUCCUGCAAAGGCUGCUAAGGUGACUUUCCAUGCAGGGUUAACAAAAGACUUAGCAGCGUGUUUCAUAGAACAAAAUAGCCUUGAAGCUUAUCUGAGAUCCUAAACCCAGCUUGGCUGCGACUAUGCCCCAUUGAAUUCAACAGGACUGCAUGUACUUUGAAUGAUCAGGACAUAAUGACAGCUGAAGACUCCGCUGCCAGGAUGAAUAACGAUUCUUCCAACAUGCAGUCAAAUAAGGUCCCCGAAGGUGUGGCCGGUGCACCUAACGAAGCUGCGCUUCUGCAACUAAUAGAACGUACGGGUUACGCCAUGGUGCAGGAGAACGGGCAGCGCAAGUAUGGCGGACCCCCGCCGGGCUGGGAAGGCCUUCAUCCUCCCCGCGGAUGUGAAGUCUUUGUGGGCAAAAUCCCUCGCGACGUCUACGAGGACGAGUUAGUGCCCGUCUUCGAAACCGCGGGGAGAAUCUACGAAAUGCGCCUGAUGAUGGACUUUGACGGGAAAAACCGUGGCUACGCCUUUGUGAUGUACACCCAAAAAUACGAAGCCAAGCGUGCCGUCAAGGAGCUGAACAACUACGAAAUCCGUCCAGGGAGGCUGUUAGGGGUGUGCUGCAGCGUGGACAACUGUAGGCUGUUCAUCGGAGGAAUCCCCAAAAUGAAAAAGAGAGAAGAAAUUCUAGAAGAGAUCUCCAAGGUGACGGAAGGCGUGCUGGACGUCAUUGUGUACGCCAGCGCAGCGGAUAAGAUGAAAAACAGAGGGUUUGCCUUCGUGGAGUACGAAAGCCACAGGGCAGCCGCCAUGGCGAGGAGGAAACUGAUGCCUGGCAGAAUCCAGCUUUGGGGUCACCAGAUUGCAGUUGACUGGGCCGAGCCGGAAAUCGAUGUUGACGAAGAUGUCAUGGAGACGGUCAAAAUCCUGUAUGUGAGGAAUUUGAUGAUUGAAACCACCGAGGAUACAAUUAAGAAAGUGUUUGGGCAGUUCAACCCCGGAUGUGUGGAACGGGUUAAAAAAAUACGAGAUUAUGCCUUUGUACACUUCACGAGUCGGGAAGAUGCUGUUCAUGCCAUGAAUAAUCUCAAUGGGACUGAACUCGAAGGGUCGUGCCUGGAAGUUACCUUAGCCAAGCCAGUAGACAAGGAGCAGUACACCCGCUACCAGAAAGCAGCGAAAGGAGGAGCAACACCUGAAGUCACUCAGCAGCCGAACUACGUUUACUCAUGUGAUCCGUACACCUUGGCAUAUUAUGGAUAUCCGUAUAAUGCUCUGAUUGGCCCAAAUCGAGAAUAUUUUGUGAAAGCAGGCAGCGUUCGAGGCAGAGGACGAGGUGCAGCAGGGAACAGACUCCCCGGCCCGAGAGGCUCGUACCUGGGGGGCUAUUCUGCAGGCCGCGGCAUAUAUAGCCGAUACCAUGAAGGGAAAGGGAAACAGCAAGAAAAAGGAUACGAACUUGUGCCUAAUUUGGAAUUGUCUGCUGUCAACCCCGUGGCCAUUAAACCCGGCACUGUGGCUAUCCCAACUAUUGGUACCCAGUAUUCCGUGUUUCAAGCAGCGCCAACAGCAAAGAUGAUUGAAGAUGGGAAAAUCCACGCCGUUGAGCAUAUCAUCAGCCCCAUUGCUGUCCAGCAGGAUCCUGCUAGUGCGGCGGCAGCUGCAGCCGCUGCCGUAUUACCUUCAGUUUCAACCCCUCCUCCUUUUCAGGGCCGGCCCUUAACUCCCGUGUACACGAUGGCUCCCAACGUGCAGAGAAUCCCAGCUGCGGGGAUUUAUGGCGCAAGUUACGUUCCCUUCGCUGCCCCAGCCACGGCGACGAUAGCCACACUACAGAAGAAUGCCGCUGCUGCAGCCGCUGCAGCCGCUUACGGCGGCUAUGCCAGUUAUAUCCCUCAGGCAUUCCCGGCUGCAACAUUUCAGGUUCCGAUCCACGAUGUCUAUCAAACCUAUUGAAACAGCUGGCCAUUUUUUUGGGGGGGGGGU